AUGGGACCUUGGGAGCUCAGUGUAUGGAUGAUAGCAGUCUGCUUCGUAAACGUGUCCCUGCAAGGAGAGUACCAGAGAAAGCUCUACAAGGAAUUAAUGAAGAAUUACAACCCUUUAGAGAGACCAGUAGCCAAUGAUUCCCAUCCGCUUACUGUCUACUUUGGAAUGAGUCUCAUGCAGAUCAUGGAUGUAGAUGAAAAAAAUCAAGUUUUGACAACGAAUAUAUGGCUACAAAUGUACUGGGCAGAUUACUAUUUACAAUGGAACGUGUCGGAAUACCCUGGAGUGAAAAAUGUACGAUUUCCAGAUGGACAGAUUUGGAAGCCAGACAUUCUUCUGUAUAACAGUGCAGAUGAAAGAUUUGAUGCUUCAUUUCACACCAAUGUGUUGGUGAACUCAUCUGGAUACUGUCAGUAUUUACCACCAGGCAUUUUCAAGAGCUCAUGCUAUAUAGAUGUGCGCUGGUUUCCUUUUGAUAUUCAGAAAUGCAAGCUUAAGUUUGGAUCUUGGACGUAUGGUGGCUGGUCACUGGACCUGCAGAUGAAUGAAGCAGACAUAUCUGAGUAUAUAUCGAAUGGAGAGUGGGAUCUUGUAGGAGUUCCUGGAAAAAGGAGUGAGAGCUUUUAUGAAUGCUGUAAAGAACCAUACCCAGAUGUGACUUUUACCAUAAUUAUGAGGCGCAGAACAUUGUAUUAUGGACUUAAUCUUCUCAUUCCAUGUGUCCUGAUAUCUGCACUUGCUCUACUAGUUUUCUUGCUUCCAGCAGACUCAGGAGAGAAGAUCUCACUAGGUAUCACAGUGUUGCUUUCCCUCACUGUAUUUAUGUUGCUAGUUGCUGAAAUAAUGCCAGCUACAUCAGAUUCCGUUCCCCUUAUAGCUCAGUAUUUUGCCAGCACAAUGAUUAUUGUCGGACUCUCUGUGGUUGUGACAGUUAUUGUCCUUCAGUAUCAUCAUCAUGAUCCACAUGGUGGCAAAAUGCCAAAAUGGACAAGGAUAAUUCUUUUAAACUGGUGUGCCUGGUUCCUGAGGAUGAAGAGACCUGGAGAAGAUAAAGUUAGAUCAGUUUGCCAACAUAAGCAGCGGCGCUGUAGCAUGACAAGUGUUGACGUGAAUACCGUAAGUGGACAGCAGUCCAGCAAUGGCAACAUGCUGUACAUUGGCUUCCGAGGAUUGGAAGGAAUUCAUUGCACACCUACCACAGACUCUGGAGUAAUCUGUGGAAGGAUGACCUGUUCUCCUACAGAUGAUGAAAAUCUUCUUCAUAAUGUGCAUCAUUCAGAGAGUGACCCAGAAUUAGCUAAGAUUUUAGAAGAGCUGCGUUACAUUGCUAAUAGGUUCAGAGACCAGGAUGAUGAUGAAUUGGUCUGUAAUGAAUGGAAGUUUGCUGCAUCAGUAGUAGACCGCUUGUGUCUAAUGGCAUUUUCAGUCUUCACAAUAAUUUGUACUAUUGGCAUUUUGAUGUCAGCGCCAAAUUUUGUAGAAGCUGUAUCUAAAGAUUUUGCUUAACUUCUUUUUUAAUUCCCAUUAUCAGAAAUCCUUUCUAAGGUAUGUUUUCCACCAGAAGGACUUUUUUCUAUAUGAUCAGUGUUAUUUAUUACUUUGGA